AUGAAUUGGUUUGGACAUUACUUUUCUAAGUUUUCCAAGGAUGUUUCCUUACUCAAUGUACCCUCACCUCUGCUAUUUUCACUCAUAUCCUCUGAAGAUGAACAUUUUAUAUCAAACUUGAGGAGCCAUGUACCAGCCCGUGCUGUGGUGAAGCAACCUGUUCGUGGAGCCAGUGGCAGGACCACCAUCACGGCGAUUGUUCAGACUGGUGGGGACUGGAGCACCGGCCUCUUCAGUGUGUGCAGAGAUAGGAGAAUUUGCUUCUGUGGUCUGUUUUGUCCACUGUGUCUUGAGUGUGACAUCGCCAGGCACUAUGGAGAGUGUCUUUGUUGGCCUUUGUUACCUGGGUCUACCUUUGCACUGAGAAUUGGCACCAGAGAGAGACAUAAAAUACAGGGCACGCUGUGUGAGGACUGGUUUGUGGUGCACUGCUGUUGGCCUUUUUCCAUCUGUCAGGUGGCCCGGGAACUCAAGAUGAGAACCUCUCAACUCUACGAAAUCUGUGCAGUCCCUUCAAGUAAGGACACUCUGGUUUGA